UCAAUCAGGCGCGCUGCGAGGCGGGCGGUUUGCAGCUGCUGAGGGGAGCGGGGUCUUUACCUCACAGAGCGGGGCGCUGCCGCGGCCUUUAUGGGUUGGCCCGUAGAGCUCUAAAAUCUCAGUUUUUUAACCUGUAACUGCUGAAGGAGGCGAGUGAGGCCCGAUGGCGGCGAAAGGAAACGUCCCUGCGGCUCCGGGAUCCGUCAUUGUCCCUUACGGACAUGUGGUGGGGAAUGAGAAGUGGCGGGGGUCGGAGCUGGCCCGCAGGCUGCAAGGGAAAACUAAACUCAUCUUUGAAGAUGGUUUGGGACUCGUGGAUUUCCAUCUUUCCAACAGAAUCUGUGUGUUGUACAUUUCUGAAGCAGAUUUGGUUGCAGGGGAUGAAUUCAAGCGGAGAUUGGUUCGGUUUAGGAACGCCAGCAGCCUCGGUGGGAUUGUGAUUGUUGAGAAGACCCCACUAAGCGAGCAGUACUUCUCAGCAGUGCAAAAGCUUGUUGUGCUGCAGCUUGGAAUGGUGCUGCUCCCUGUGGCAAAUCAAGAAGAAGCUUCUCAACUUAUUACUCAAAUUGUCCGUGAACAAAGUAAGGAUCACACCAGUAACCCCUUUAUCCGCAAGCAGUGCUCACAGCUGGUGGAGGCAUCAAUGUUUCGGACAGUGCAACAAAUCCCAGGAGUUGGGAAAACAAAAGCGCUGCUUCUACUGCAACAGUUUGGAAGCAUCCACCAGAUCUGUAACGCAUCUGUCAAAGAACUCGAGCCGGUGGUUGGACAAACAGUGGCACAACAAAUACACACGUUUUUUGGUUCCUGACCUUUUAAAUGAGACCUUAUUAUUUGACUGCUGAGAAACACAGCUGAGUACAGUCAUUACUUCACAUCACAGUCAUUACUUCACAUCACAGCCAGCAGGGCAAUGCAGCACUUGGUGUCAGUUACCACAGCUCGCUUAUCUCCCGUGUCUGUACAGCAGGGCUUUGCAGACACCACUUUGUAUUUAGUGCUCUCGGAAUACAUCUCUGAAUAUACUAACUUGUUUCCAUAGUUCCUUUUUCAUUCCACAGGAUGUUACCAAACUUAUUCCCUUAUAUCAAAUAAACUAAGGUUUUAGAUAUUAAUGCUUUUGUCUAUCAAUUUGGAAUGGUUAAUUAUAAUAUUAAAUAUAGCAACUACCACAUAUUAAUCAUAAGUUGCAAAGAAAAUACAGUGGGAAGCUUUGAUCAUUACUUAUCUUGUGUUUCCAGUAUUAAUAUUUUUUAGGAGUUAUCAAUGAAGUGAACUGGUGCUCCUGGCAUACAGCAUUUUAUCUUAAAUGCUAUCUCAUCUAGUGAUUUUUAUUGCUGUUAUGCACCCAUUGACAAGGUGUUGUAAAUUCCUGUCCUGUCUUUUGGGCUUUGGAUUAUAGCAGGAAUGAAAAUAGUUGGGAUGAAAAUAGUUGCAGGAUGGCUUUUCAGUAAUUAAUUCACUGAUAGUAAACAUCAGAAUUUCCAGAGCUAUAAAACAAGAUACUACUUUCUCACCAGGGAAUACUUAAGCUUCAUUAUAAAUGUUUUAGCUUUUUCUGUCACUGGUUACUGAUGUUGCUAUGGACACUGGAUUUCACACCCAAAACACACGUGGCCAUUGAUCCUGCAAGGCAAACACCAAGGUACGUUUUGUACUACUCCAAUGACCACCUGGCUCAGUACACCACAUGAAUUUCAACCGAAGUAGUAAAAACUAGUACUAAUAAUGUUAAAGGCUGAAUCUAUGGCAAACCUCGAUUUUAAAAUAGCCUUGUAUAUUCUAUGUGAUUAGAAGUAUAUGAUGAAAGUGCUUUAGUCAUAAUUUGCUGUGAAAUGGGUAUUUAUCUUGUUAGCUGUUGCCUACCGCUCCCUGUAAAAUUAAAUAGCUGUCAGAAAAUAGUAAGUAUGUAUUUGUAUGGCACUUAAAGCCCAAACUUUUGCUUGAGCAUGAAGACCCCUACCCCCAUGUUUCCUCAGGGACCAGUGAUGGUGGGAAGGGGAAGGCAGCUCACCGUGCAGCUGAGAGUCCUCAGGGAUGGAGAUACUUUCCUUGAGAGGAGUGUUACAGAAACCUGGAGAGAACAAGCUGGAUCAAGACAAUGAAUCUGUACUGGUGAGCCUCCUUUAAGGCUGAAUCCCAGCUCUCCUGUUUCCCAGUGGCAGCGAAUGGUCCGUGGAGCCGUCCAUCUCUGCUUGGCUGAGAACACUGACAGCGGGCCCUGCAGACUUUCAGAAAGGGAAAAGAAAGCAAUUAUCUUCACUCAACUGACAUGAAUGUAAAGGUUCUUCAAGCUGUCCAACUGCUCUGCCUGUCCACACAGCACGCUGCUUUCCAAACAGCCCAACUGAAGAUAGGAUGCAUAGUGCUGUACCAGCAUGUGUCUGCAAACUUACAAAAAAAAGGUGAAAUCACCACCCUGGUUUGGAUCCUGUGAGUGGACAAGCAUGGCCUCAUAACUACCCUGAGUUCUGUAUAUUGACCUGCUCUUUGGGUUACUCCGCCACACUGGUUUAGUGGGAUGGUUCUGGAAUAAAGAGAGGGGAGAGAAAAAGCAGAAAACACCUUGAAAAAAUGAGCUGCCUCUCCCACAAGAACUUGUAUAAAUAAAGAACAGGCAAUCUGAUGCAGAGCUAUGGCAGGCUACACUGUUUGGAGUGGAAUAAGCACCUCAGUUUUGACAGGACUUUCUACUGGCCAAAGAUUCUCUCACAGGAAGAAUGCCAGGGAGUGGAUCUGGAUAGAAUAUGGUACAGGCAUGGCUGAUUCAUAGGCUCACAGCCAGAGCCAGGGGAGGAUUGUGGAACUCUGUGUAGAGAAGGCUGCGGCACAAGGCCGGUCAUCCAGGAGCACAAGCACCACCUGGAACUACAAGUACAGUCUGCCCUGAUACUGUACCACAGGGUAUACUGAAUUAGGAACGUGUGAUGGCAGAGAUAGCCAGAACAAUAGCAGAACCAGUUUCCUUAGGCAUUAUAUUCCCAGAAAGCAAAAAAAAAAAAUAAAAAAUAAAAACACAAGCAAACUUCCAGUGAGAGUCUCCAUCUCCUCACUGAUGGAAAGCCCACGUAGGGUACCCCUUCCACCCUGCCAGAUCCUUUUCAGAGCACCAGCAGGUGCUUAAACCUAAAAAUCCCUCUCAGAAGUUCAGUUGUGGCUAAUCAAAUAGUUGAAGAGGCUCCUUUUUCUCUGAGGAGAUGCAAGGGGAAGAGAGUAGUGUCAGUACUAAUGGAGCUGUGCAUACCCUGUAUGGCUGCAUGAUUGUUUUAAAACCAGGUAUUCUAAAAGGAAGAAAAAAGGGAGAGGGGAGGGCUGGUCUUCAAAACCAGCUCAGAGGAAGUCACUGAUUGAUUUAAGGGAAAUCAGUUUGCAUAGGCAAAGAUGAGGGGCCUUUGUCAUGAGGAGAAAGGAGAGAAUGGACACAAAGCUGCUGCUGAUACAGCUGGGAACCAAUGGAGGAAGAGAGCCCGAGGGCUGCACUGAAAGCUGCCAGCAGAAGCUGCCAGCCAUCCCACCUGGGACUGACCUGGCAGUCACUGCAAGCCUGAUUUCCUAGUGUGGCAACAGGAGUGAAAGAAGGAAGCAGGAUUGUGUUUCUGUUUCACCAUUUCUGCCUGUUACCCUUUACACAAAGCCAGUUAUGGCUUUACAGAGCCUCCUCCCUAAAGAAAAUAAGGCUUUAGGAAAUAAGUUCUCACAUUUUGCAUCCUGUGUCCAGUGUGGAUUGUCUGGUAUGUUGUAUUUAAGGCUACAAAAGGGCACUAUGUCAGCUUUGAGCAGACUUCCCACAGCAAUCCACUUACCACAAGAAUAUAUCAAAAGUCUUGAACAAAUGAAUACUGUAGGAGCCGCUCAAUUUAAUCAAUAUUAAGAUCUCAGUGUAUGUAUUAAAUAGUCCUUUACAGCACAGAAGACAACCUCAUUGCAUACAAAAUGCUUGGGAGCCCUUUUAUGAGCAGUCCUGACACAGAAGCAUUUUCACCUUGCUCUGCAGCUCAUACAUCAAAAAGGUCAACUCAAUAAGUGUUUUCAUCUCAAAACACAUGCAAUGGCUUUGGAAACUGGAGUGUUUCUGCACCGGCAGAACGAGUAGAACAGCCCUCAGAUUCUUCCAGGGGAUGAAAAGUGUGAUUACUUUUUUUUUUAAGGGAACAGAAAACAAUGCAAAGGGACUUUGGAGAGGUGGGGGGAGCCCAUGGACACACAUGACUGGCUCAAUAACCAGUUUGUUACACAAAGCCAUCCAGCAUACCAUUCAAAUGAACAGGUACGGUCCAAAGAAAGGAUAUUCUAUCCAGAGCAAUGCUUUGGGUUCACGGGGUGAGUCUGUUUGGGAUUCCAGGUUUUUCUUUUUGUUUGCUUGUUUUCUUCUCCUGACUCUACUUAGAAUAAAAGCUCUGAUCUUUGAGACCAUUCGACUAAUGUGUAACAGGGAAUACUGGCUUUCUGUUUGCAUUUAACUUCUAGGGACAGAAGGCUUUCAGCUUCUAACCUGACCUGAUGUUUAGAACUGUAUUAAGGGUACAGAAAGGAGAGCCAGAAGAGCCUUUCAAAGAUCUCCUGAGUGAACAGAGAAAAAGGUGCAGCCCCAGCUUAUCCAGAUUGAACACUGGAUUUCUGUCCAUCUUGCACUCGUUUAUGAGAAGUGGUUCAAAAGUGGGGAAGAUGCUGAUAAUAAGGUGCAAGAUCUAUCUUCGAGUAUUUUCAUAUUGGAAUAGCUUCUAACUUUUCAGCACAUGGAGCUGGCUCUGAUUGACGCUGUUUAUGAGACGUUAUUUGUAAAGUACAGUGCUGUAACCACAAAGGACCCCAUCCUAUGGCCAGUCCAAGUGCAAGGAAUGGCUCCCACUCAUCACUGCCUACAGCUCGGCCAUCAGGCUCCAUCCGGACCCCAGCAACAAGGCGAAUAAGAGAAACGGACAACGUGUACCUGACUUAAGGAGUCUGACUUUCUCUAAGCUUGCGAGGCUCUGCUAACACGUCAAGCACUGCAGCAGCCCACAGCACCUGGCGCUGCGAGAACUCUGGACGAUCCCGGCUUUGCCAUGCUUCAUGAUUCCCUACAAGCGAUUACUCACCGGCUCUACGGGAGGAUUGCUCAGACUGAGAAACCGGGCGAGAUGUGCAGUUUCACCUCGUCCUGCCCGGCUCCCCUGGCACUGCCCGCUCACGGCACUGCCCGCUCAUGGCAGCCCCGCAGGGAUCCGCGAGGGGAGCGCCCGGGGCGGCGCCGGCGGCCGCACAGAGCGGUAAUUGCCGCCGUGCACGGCACACACCGCCCACGUCGUCUGAGAAGUAAUGAGGGCAGAUGUUUAUUAAAGGCUUCCUAACGAGUCUGUUAACUUCGCCGCCUCGCUCGGCUCGGCUUCCGACAGGUACACGCGGCAAUUACUCGAGAGCGAGCGAGGAGACGGAGCGAGGCGCGAAUAGCACGGAGAGACGGAAAAGCUGCCGGGCGGAACCGGGCUCCGUGUGGAGCUGCGCCCAGCCCAGCUCAGACCGGCGGUGAGGGGCGACCGGGACCCGGGAUGGUGGUGGUGGUGGCAGCUCCGGAUCCCGCCCGAACCCCGGGGCUCCGCCCGCCGCUCACCUUCCGAAAGUAGCAGUCCUCCUGCGGACAGCCGCGGGCCGGCACGGCGUCCAUCAUCUCCAGCCCAGACACCCGUCCCGCUCCGUCCUGCUGUGGGGAGCCGCGACCCUACGGGAAAUGUCGGAGCUGCCCCACGGCGCCGCCCGGCUCCACCCCCGGCGGGCGGGGAGCAGCUGCCCCGCCCCGCGGCUCUGCCUCGCGUCGCUCCGGCCGGUUGGCACCGCGUGUCCGCCCGCCUUGUGGCUCGGGAUCGUCGGGGGGUUUCGGCGGCCGAGCGGCUCCGGCGUGACACAUGGGAGCGGUGGGGUCAGAUGGGAGCGGUGGGGUCCCAGGGCCGCCGGCAGCGCCACUGUCGGUGCCCGACUCAGAGAGAGGCGGCCUCGGCCCCCGACAGCGCCGUGUGGGCUCCGUGUGGGCUCCGUGUGGGCACGGCUCAACGAGCUGAGCCCGGGCCCCGGUACAAAUGGCAGUAUUGGCUGCUAGUGCUGCCCAGGCCUAAGCUACGGUAAUGUGGGCUUCCAGCGUGUGAGGUUGUUAAGCAUCAAAGUGCUUUAAGUGAUUAUUAGCAAAUGUAUCCUGUCCUUAA